AGCUAAUGAGAGAUGCUUAAAAAAGCUUCAAUAAUAAGAUUCUGUGACAGUAAAUUUACACUACUGAUUUUCAGCUUUCCUUUUCUUAAAUACCAAACAACACUCUGGUAAAACUUAAAGAGAGAAAGUGAGGAAGAGAGAGAAAGCUUUUCUCUUUCUCAUUAUUGUUCUAAAAAAUCCAUUCUUUUUUGGUGAUUGUGAGUGUUGAACUUGUACCAAAUCAUUUUGAGUAGAAGCUAAGCAAAACCAGUCGAAAAUGAACGAAGACGCCAAGAGAAGCGUCCCCGGAGCUCUGACGGCCAAGCUCAACUCCGACGACAGAAAACCCUUGUCGGCCGCCGCCACCGCUGCACCCGCCGGAAAGCGUGUGGUCAUCAAGAGCGCCGACAUGUUUGGGGACAUGCAGAAGGAAGCUAUCGACAUCGCCAUAGCUGCGUUUGAGAAGAAUGGUGUGGAAAAGGAUGUUGCAGAGCAUAUAAAGAAAGAAUUCGAUAAGAAGCACGGACCCACUUGGCAUUGCAUCGUCGGUAGAAAUUUUGGUUCAUACGUGACCCACGAGACAAACCACUUUGUUUAUUUCUACUUGGAUCAGAAAGCAGUUUUGCUGUUCAAAUCUGGCUAAGGAUUGUUGACUAAGAAGAGAAGGUGAUGAGAGCUGUGAUUAUUAAUGAUCAUAUGAUUAAAUAGCACUUGUAUGUAUUAUUUGAAAUACUCUACCACCUAAAACCAGUUUCUGAACAUUCUUGUGCUUAACUUGUAUAUUUUAAUAUCCACUUCCUUUGGCUUUGGACUUUA